AUGAUGUACGGUCGAUUGCCUGUCUUACCAUUUGAUUAUCAAGAUACAAAUGUUGCAAUUUCAUAUGAUUCUGAACAUGCAACAAAACAUAAACAAUAUAAACAACGUUAUGAUAUUAAUCGUUCUGAUCCAACUUACAAAAUCGGUGACUUAGUUCUUGUCAAAACAAUCAACAUCAAUUACAAAUUUUAUUGUCGUUAUAAAGGACCUUUUAGAAUUAUUCGAAAGCUUAAAUCAAACACAUUAAUUAUUCAACACCUCAAAAAACCAACAUUAUAUCGUCAUGUUACAACUGAUGUGUCGUGUCCAAUCUUCGAACGAAUUUAUUAA